CCGAGCGCUGGGCGGAGGUGCCGGGGCAGGCGCAACCCCAGCCCGGCGCGCCGCGGGCAGCCCGGGGACCUCGGCGCGGUGUGACGGCAGGAAGAUGGCUCCUAAAGGGAAAGGCGGCGGCAAGGCCGGCAAGAGCGGUGAGAGCGGCGGCGGCAGCAGCGAGGGCAAAGCCCAAGGCCCGAAGGGAGGCGGCAGCGCUGUGAAGGUUCGGCACAUCCUGUGCGAAAAGCACGGCAAAGCCAUGGAGGCCAUGGAGAAGCUGAAGUCAGGGCUGCGCUUCAGCGAAGUUGCCUCGCAGUACAGCGAGGACAAAGCCCGGCAAGGGGGAGACUUGGGCUGGAUGACCAGAGGCUCCAUGGUGGGACCUUUCCAGGAAGCAGCAUUUGCCUUGCCCGUGAGCAGUAUGGACAAGCCUGUGUACACAGACCCUCCUGUCAAAACAAAGUUCGGGUACCACAUUAUUAUGGUGGAAGGCAGAAAAUAAAAAAUGUAUGACCAUAA